UCCUUCCUCUUUCCCCAUCCCACUUCUGGCCUUCAGUUUUGUUAUAUUGUUACCGCAGUCGAACGCCGGCACCCCUCACUGUCCCAUUCAGUUUCUUUCUUCUCUCCCUCUCUGCUGCAGCCGUAAGCUGCUGGCUAUCCAGCAUCCCUCCACUGCCCCCACGGGUUCUUUUCCUUCUUCUCUCCCUAUAUCUUUCUGCUGCAACCGCACGCCGGCGAGCCACCCUCGUGUUCUGCCGCAGCCGCAUCAGUGUCGACUACCUUCUUUUGCAGCUGUCUGUCGCCGUGGUACACUCCAGUCUUCUUCCCCCACACUUUCCAUCUUCUUCCAGUCGCUCGCCGUCGAGGUCUUUUGGGUUGAACCAACUCCAGUUCUUGCUAGCAAUUUUUGGGUUUUGUAAAACAAGGGAGUGGAAUUAUACUCCCAAAAACUCAUGGUCUAUUUUUCCUUACAGGCAGGUGAGGUUGUGUUGCAUAAAGGAUUUUGAGACGCUACAGGCUCCAAGUGAGCAGACAUGGGAGUUCCAGCCUUCUAUAAGUGGUUAGCAGAGAAGUAUCCAUUGGUAGUUGCGGAUGUAAUAGAGGAAGCACCCGUUGUAAUAGAUGGCGUCGCCAUUCCAGUUGAUACAAGCAAACCCAAUCCAAACAAUCUUGAAUUUGAUAACCUCUACCUAGACAUGAAUGGCAUUAUUCAUCCAUGCUUCCACCCAGAAGAUAGGCCUUCUCCAACAACUUUUAGCGAGGUAUUUCAUAGCAUGUUUGAUUAUAUUGAUAGGCUUUUUGUCAUGGUCCGGCCUAGAAAAUUGCUAUACAUGGCUAUUGAUGGUGUUGCCCCUAGGGCAAAAAUGAAUCAACAGCGAUCUCGACGAUUUAGAGCUGCAAAAGAUGCAGUAGAAGCGGCCGCUGAAGAGGCACGAUUAAGACAGGAGUUUGAGAGGGAGGGACGAAAGCUUCCUCCGAACGAAGCGUCACAAGUUUUUGAUUCCAAUGUGAUCACUCCUGGAACUGACUUUAUGUCUGUUCUUUCGGUUGCUUUGCAGUACUACAUUCAUCUUAGACUAAACAACGACCCAGGUUGGAAAGGUAUUAAGGUUAUUCUUUCUGAUGCCAAUGUUCCGGGUGAAGGGGAGCACAAAAUAAUGUCCUAUAUUCGUCUUCAGAGAAAUGUUCCUGGUUUUGAUCCCAAUACUCGUCACUGCCUGUAUGGUUUGGAUGCAGAUUUGAUAAUGUUAGCUUUGGCUACCCAUGAAGUCCAUUUUUCAAUAAUGCGUGAGAUCAUGUUCACUCCUGAACAGCAAAAAAAGUGCUUUCUAGCUGACCGUAAACGUAAAGCAAAGAGAAAGGCCAGUGAGUUUGAUGCGAAAGGGGAAGGUGUAGUUAAAAAGCCUUACCAGUUUCUCCAUAUAUGGAUACUUAGAGAGUACUUGGAACGUGAGAUGUGUAUUCCUAAUGCUUCCGUUGAAAGCGACAUUGAACGCAUUGUGGAUGAUUUUGUGUUCAUGUGUUUCUUUGUUGGUAAUGACUUUUUACCUCAUAUGCCCACAUUAGAGAUUCGGGAGGGUGCAAUUGACUUGCUAUUGACUGUGUAUAAGAAGAAAGUAAGGGAAGUUGGUGGGUAUUUGACUAAAGGAAGCAAGCCAAAUUUGCGCAUAGUGGAACAAUUUAUUCAAGCUGUUGGAAGUAAUGAAGAUAACAUAUUCCGAAGAAGAGCUAAACGGCAUAAGAAGCAGGCAGGCAGGAUAAAGCUCGCUAAAGCUCUGACAAGAAGAGGAGAUGAUGCAGGGCCUUGGGUUCAACCAUCCCUAGUUGCAGUUGCUCGUUUUCAUAGUUCUCGUCUAGCUUCAGGUCCUUAUCCUUCGCCAUAUGGACAAUCAAGAAAAGCCACGUCCAGAUUCUCAGGACUGAAAAAUAAGAAUAUGCAACGUCCUAACAAAGUUGCACGUCUAUCGUCUGGGGAUUCUAUUGGUUCUGCUAUCGUUGAAGCAGAAAACACUUCGGAAAUAGAUAUCCAUGAGAACAACAAGGAAUUGAAGACAAAGCUUAAGGAGUUUCUGCGUGAGAAGUCUGAUGUUUUCAACGCUAAUGAUUCAGAAGUAGACAAGAUUAAAUUGGGCAUACCUGGGUGGAGAGAGAGGUAUUAUAAUGAGAAGUUUUCUGGAAAUACUCCCGAGGAACUCGAUGACAUACGAAAUGAUGUUGUUUUGAGGUACACAGAAGGCCUAUGUUGGAUUAUGCGCUAUUAUUACGAAGGCGUUUGUUCUUGGCAAUGGUUUUAUCCAUAUCAUUAUGCACCAUUUGCUUCUGAUCUCAAAGGUCUUGAUAAGCUGAAUAUAUCAUUCACUCUAGGCACUCCCUUCAAGCCAUUCAAUCAGCUACUGGGUGUCUUCCCUGCUGCUAGUGCACACGCACUCCCGGAGCAGUAUCGGAAAUUGAUGACGGAUCAGAACUCGCCUAUUGUUGAUUUCUAUCCUAAUGAUUUUGAAGUGGAUAUGAAUGGUAAGCGGUUUUCCUGGCAGGGAAUUGCGAAGUUGCCUUUCAUUGAUGAAACCCGCCUUCUUGCAGAGGUUGUAAAAGUCGAGCAUACAUUGACGCAAGAAGAAGUGCGGAGAAAUAGUGUGAUGUUUGACAUGCUUUUUGUCACAUCUUCUCACCCCCUCUCUGUUAGUAUAUACUCGCUCAACGACCGCCGUAAGCUGACGGGAAGAAAACGUAAUCGGGUUAAGGAAAAAAUAAACCCUGAACUUAGCUGCAGUGAAGGAAUGAAUGGUUAUCUCUUUCCAUGUUCGGGAGAGUUGUGCCCUCAAAUAUUCAGGUCUCCAGUUGAGGGCAUGGAGGAUAUUAUGAACAACCAAGUCAUAUGUGCUAUAUAUCGGCUUCCGGACCCACACAAGCAUAUCACUAAACCGCCUGCUGGGGUGAACUUUCCUCCAAGGACGGUGAGCAUGAGAGACAUGAAACCUGAGCCUGGUUUACGGCAUAAAGAUACGCAACGCCACGACAAUGGAAGAUGCAAUGAGAACGCAAGGCCAAAUGCUCCUGGAAUCAUUUCAGGUCGACUAUUAGGGGAUGCAUCACGUAGACUUGUUAACAGCUUGCUGGUUAGGAGGGGAGAUUCUAAGGUUGAGGACAAUUGUCAGGCACUCCCACUCCCCCAUACGGCACAGCCCUGCAUCCUUGGGCAACCUCCUUCACAGGCUCAAGAAGACUGCAGAAUGCCAGCUGUGCCAGACCGAACUAUUCCAACGCAACACAACGUGUAGCCAACGAGAUCAUGGGCAAAUGUCUGUCACUCCGAGGCCAUCACUGCAACAUGAGAACUCAUUCCAUGAUCACAAAAUCAAGCAGAAGAAUACAGAACCAGGUGCCAGACCAUACCAAAGGUCAUCACGCCACCUAGAUCGAGUACCGUCAGCCACUCCCAAGCCACCACAGAAAAAUGAGACCUCACUCGCACACAAUUGUAGAGCACUCAAUCAACUGAGUUCCCAACAUUACAGUGAGAAGCCUGAAGCUUACUACCCAUGGACAUUAACAUUAUGGUGAAGUUGCGAGGACUUGCCUCCCUAUCCUCAUAUAAUAAACCUACAGUUUCCACCACCCCAACUUAUGAGUGUUUACGAUUACAAUCAACUGUUGGAAGCUUUGGGGAGUAGUGAGCAAGUUGGUGGGUGUCAUAUCUAGGGUGUGUUCCCUGUGGUCAUAUGUCUAUGUUAUGCCAAACCCUUAGUCGAGCUCGUGUUGUAUUACUUUCAUUUUAUGUUAAUUAUUUUAUUAUUAUAUUUGUUGUUGCACAAUUAUGUUUACUUCUGUCAGACUUGGAAUGCUUAGGGAGAUGUGACUAGUCUUCAAUUCUUUUUACUCAGAGUUAUAUGUUAUUUAA